AUGGAAAAUAGCAAACAAAACCACGUGUCAGCAGAAGAUUCCCCUGAAGUGCUUCCAUCACUUAUCAAAGCUAUCGCUUCGAAUGAGGUUGCUGGCUUUGAUAGCGUUAAAGAGCUCGAUGAUGUGAACGACAGAUUCAAAUCAAAUGGCCAUCGUCCCAGCUCGUUAGCUAUACAAUCGGAAAGAAAAGGAGCUUUGAGGUUCUAUUGCCUUAUCAUGGAAAAUAGCAAACAAAACCACGUGUCAGCGGAAGAUUCCCCUGAAGUGCUUCCGUCACUUAUGAAAGCUAUUGCUUCGAAUGAGGUUGCUGGCUUUGAUAGCAUUAAAGAGCUCGAUGAUGUGAACGACAGAUUCAAAUCAAAUGGCCAUCCUCCCAGCUCGUUAGCUAUAGCAAUUGAAGAAGCUGAUGUGAAAGGACGAAAUGAUUUUUCUGAGUCUCAGAUUAUGCAUUCUGUUUCGAUCAGCAUGUCAUCUUCUCCAAUUGAAGAUCAUUUGAAGGACAUGAAAAAGGUUCUUUUCAGAGAUGACUUUGGAAAAAAAUUGUGCACUGAUAUUCCCAAUUCUGCAGCUACAUUCCAAGAGAAAUGUGCUCAGGGAAUGCCACAAGGUUCGGCAUUUCCUAGUAGACAAUCUCCCAACAGGACAGAACUCCCACCAAGGAAUCCUAGGAUUGAUAGGCUAAAGGAUAAUAUGUACGGCGUUUUCAGGACGUGGUCUGGGAAACCUGAGAGACAGAUAUCAAAUUUGAGUGGUAAGCCUCAGGAACCUGAGCAAGAUUUUGAGAUUCCAAAGCCUGCAGAAGUCGAAACUAUACCUGUGGACCGAUACUUUGAUGCCUUGAAGGGACCAGAACUGGAUACCCUACGGGCACCUGAAGAAAUACUUCUUCCUGAAGAUAAGCAAUGGCCAUUCCUUCUACGCUAUCCUAUCUCUUCUUUUGGUAUCUGUCUUGGUGUUAGCAGCCAAGCCAUUAUGUGGAAAACUCUUGCUACUUCUUCCUCUACGAAGUUUCUCAAUGUCAGCCCCUACAUAAAUCUAGUUCUAUGGUGCAUAUCUCUUGCUCUUAUGGCAACUGUCUCUAUCAUUUACGGUUUGAAAGUGAUAUUCUACUUUGAAGCCGUUCGUCGUGAGUUCUAUCACCCAAUACGUGUUAACUUCUUCUUUGCUCCGUGGAUUGCCCUUUUGUUCUUGGCUCUUGGAGUUCCACCAUCGGUUUCUGAAAACCUUCAUGCAUAUCUGUGGUACGUUCUUAUGACCCCGAUUUUUUGCCUUGAGCUUAAGAUAUAUGGAGAGUGGAUGUCGGGAGGACAACGGAAGCUUUCUAAGGUGGCGAACCCCUCAAAUCAUCUCUCUAUUGUCGGGAAUUUUGUCGGUGCAUUGCUUGGUGCAUCCAUGGGGCUGAAAGAAGGACCUAUUUUUUUCUUUGCUGUUGGAUUGGCUCAUUACAUUGUAUUAUUUGUAACUCUCUAUCAAAGACUUCCAACAAACGAGACACUUCCAAAGGAGCUCCACCCAGUAUUCUUUCUCUUCGUUGCCGCACCUAGUGUUGCCUCUAUGGCAUGGGCUAAGAUUCGAGGUUCCUUCGAUUAUGGAGCACGAACUGCCUACUUCAUCGCUUUGUUUCUUUAUUUCUCACUGGCCGUUCGUGUUAAUUUCUUCCGAGGCUUCAGGUUUUCAUUGGCAUGGUGGGCUUAUACUUUCCCAAUGACUGGAGCUGCCAUUGCCACAAUCAGAUACUCAAACUUGAUAAUGAAUCCAGUAACCAAAAGUUUAACCGUCGUCCUUUGUGCUGUCUCUACAGUUACAGUGUCAGCGCUUCUCGUAACAACUAUAAUUCAAGCCUUUGUACUAGGAAACCUUUUCCCAAACGACAUAGCCAUAGCGAUUAGUGAGAGGAGGCCUAAAUCCCGAAGACAGUACCACAGAAGAGCUGGCAGUUCAGAUACUAAAGACAUCGAUCAAUACCUCUAA